CAAUCAGAUUCAAUUGUUUAACUUUCUCGACGAAUUUCAAAAUUGGCUCAAUAUUUGAUUCGUUGCUUUGACUACGAUAAAGUUUCAUUUGUUGUCUUUUAAUUGGUUCAGUUAAACAUGGAAACAAAUCUUUAUUGUUGUUUACUUUUAGUUUAAUUGUCUCGUUUGUAAUUAGAAUUAAUGUUUUUUCCAUCAAUCAGAUUGUCAACAACAAUUGGAAUUAGAAAAUUUUCUCUGUUCAAUCAACUAACCCUGAAAAUGUCUUUGUCAAAUUAUUCUGUUGAUUUAUCAGCUAUGAGACAACCAUAUAAAGAGGAUGAGGAUGCUCUUCUUGAGAAGGAUUUACCUACUAGAGAUCCGAUUAAAUUGUUUGAGAUUUGGUUCCAAGAGGCCAAACAAUGUGACAAAAUUUCUGAGCCGAAUGCCGUUUGUGUGUCAACAUGUACAAAUGAUGGAUUCCCUUCAUCUAGAAUGGUUUUGUUAAAAGGCUUUGGUACCGAUGGAUUCAAGUUCUUCACUAAUUGUAAUAGUCGAAAAGGAAAAGAAUUGCGUGAGAAUCCAAAAGCAGCGAUGCUAUUUUAUUGGGAUCCAUUUAACCGUCAGGUCAGAAUUGAAGGAAACGCUGAACAAUUACCUGAAACUGAAUCAAAAAAUUACUUUGAAAGGAGACCCAAAAGAAGCCAAAUUGCUGCAGCAAUUAGUGAUCAAAGUGAACCAAUUGCCAGUCGAGGAGAUUUGAUUGACAAGUACAAUGAGCUUGAGGUUAAACAUGCUGAUGAUGUUCAUCUGAUUAAACCUGAUUGCUGGGGAGGCUUUAAAUUGAUUCCUAAAUCAUUUGAAUUCUGGCAGGGACAAAGCAGUCGUCUUCAUGAUAGAAUCAUUUUCUCUAGAAAUCUUCCCGAUCCUUCAACACCUCAUUCGAUAGCUGAAAAUGGUUGGUUCAUGUAUCGAUUACAACCAUAAAUAAGAUCAAUUUGGAACAAUUAACCAAUCAAAAUCUAAUUGUACUAAUCAAGAGACACAAUUACCUGGCCAAAUCAAACUAGACAUCAAAUAUAUCGGCCAGUUAACAUAAAAAUAUUAGGUAUCCUCAAAAGUUUUUGCACUUUUUUCAUUGAUGAUUUUUUUAGUACUAGAUAUUAGAAGAUAAAGAAUUUCUUAUUAUUAAAUUGAUACUAUUUUAAAGCUUAGAAUUUUCUCUUUCGAAUGAUACUAAUUUUAUUAAUUUCGGACAAUUCAAUUAAUUACAAUUAAAUUUAUAGUAAUGGUGUUUUUUACCGAGUUUUGAUGACUCAUCAUUGAGGUCACUUUUUCCGUCGGUAAAGUGACCUGAAAUUUUUUUUGAUAUGAUUAACAUGUGGUCCUAAUAUUGAAAUUAUUUAGGAAAAAAUUUGAUCUAUUUUGCUUAUUAAAUUGAAUAGAUUAGUUACCUAUUCUGAUGGAUUAGACCCGAUUUCUAUCAAUACCUCACCAUUGAAAAUUUUACCUUUUUUUUCAUAAAAGGUGAAAAUUGGUUCUCUAUGGGGAUUUAGUGUUAAAUGAUUAGUUAAUUAAGUUUUAGUUUCUUUAUAAUCAAAUAAGCAAAAUAGAUCAAAUUUUUUCCUAAAUAAUUUCAAUAUUAGGACCACAUGUUAAUCAUAUCAAAAAAAAUUUCAGGUCACUUUACCGACGGAAAAAGUGACCUCAAUGAUGAGUCAUCAAAACUCGGUAAAAAACACCAUUACUAUAAAUUUAAUUGUAAUUAAUUGAAUUGUCCGAAAUUAAUAAAAUUAGUAUCAUUCGAAAGAGCAAGUUCUAAGCUUUAAAAUGGUAUCAAUUUAAUAAUAGGAAAAUGAUUAUCUUCUAAUAUCUAAGACUAAAAAAAUCAUCAAUGAAAAGAGUGCAGAAACUUUUGAGGAUACCUAAUACAAUCAAUCCAAUGUAAACUUUAAUUACUCGAAUCAGAAACCUUUAUUAUAAACAAUUAACUAAUUUUGAACUUGAAUUGUUAUCAACAGAAUUUUAUUGAUUCCAAAUUUUUCAUUGAAUAUAAAAAAUUGUAAUUAUUUGAUUCACCUUUUCAAAUGAGUAAAGAAUAAUUUUCUUGUAAUGAUAAUUAUGAUCAACUAUAGUUAAUCAUUUAACUGAAUCAGUGAAUUGAUUUCCAAUGAAUCUUUUAAUUCAAAAUUGGAACCAAAAUUUACCCUUUAACCUUUAUGACCUUAAAGGCAUAAAAAGCACUUGUCAUUUCCAUCUUUCUCCUUCUGAGUUUUAAUUGUCAACUAGAUGUUAAUUGUUACAAUCAUUUUUCUUUCCAAAGUCACAUAGUUUUUGACUUCAAUUUCCUUUCUAAAAUGAGUGAACUUAAAUUAACUCGAUAUUUAAUUGUCUCACUGGUGAUCAGUUUCUCGCUAAUUAAACCAACGUCCCAGUUAUCAGCCGCGGGUCUAGCUAAUUUCUUGAAAUCUAUUCCGAAAGCAUUAGUUGAUGUAUUUACGAGUAUGGGUAAAGAAUCUCCAGAAUGUCCAAAUAUAAUCGCAACGGCUUUCACCACUUGUGAAAAGCCACUUUUACGAAAACUUGGUCGUAUUGAACAUCAAAUGGAAAAAGGUUCUAAUUCUUAUUCCGACUGUUGCUACUAUGCUCAGUUUCAUCAUUGUAUGGUUUCCAAGGUCAAGGAUAAGUGUCACCAACACAUCGAUAAAGUUAUUGACGGAUCAGAUUAUACCAAUUUGAAAGUAGAUUGUUCAGAAUAUCAUCAUGAAACCUUAAAGUGUUUCAUCGUUGAUCACCAGAAUAUAAUCAUUUCGAUCGCUGUUAUUUUGCUUCUAAUUGGAUUAGGUUAUUACAUAUUCGUUUAUCAACGUUAUCGACCUCAAUUUUUGGUUCGAUCUCCUCCAAAAGUAAAAUCAGGAAUACAAAGUCGAGUUAAUUUCUUUUCCAAUAUCAAAAACAAUUCAAACAUUUAAACUCACUAAUUAACCAUUUCACUCCUUCACUUAUUAAUAUAAUCAUUAAUUUAAAUACUUCCAAUGAUGUAACAAUCAAUCAUUUGAAUUUCUAAAAGAAACUCUUUUUUCGUAUCUUAAUUAACAAUUAAACUAAAUGAAAAAUUUUUUACACUCAAAA